CUCCUGGGAAAAAGCUCUGUUACCAUCAUACUUGUGGAUACCGCAUACAUACAUGCUUUGUGACAGUAGAGAGACAGAAGACAGACGGGGGGAGAGAGAGGGGAGGACAUGCUGCAAAGGGCUUGGGCCGGACUCAGACCCGGGCCUCUGUGAUAAGGACGCAGUCCUGACACACGACACGCACCACCAGGUCUGGAGAGACUUGGGGGAUGAGAAGACAUGGAAGGACAAGCUCAAGGCUCACCAGCUGGCUGUCAACCUGUAAAUACACCUUUGGAGCCUCCUCUGUCAAGACCUGCCCACAGGAGAGCUUGCAACUGUCACAUAGGAGCCGCAAUCCAGAAUGUGUUUUGCCAUCCAAAUUUGAGGCAUCACUGAAGAAAAGAAGGAUGAAGCCUUUAUCCCUCCUCUUCCUCGUCCUCCUCCUCGCUUCAGCAGCCUGUGAUGGUGUCAAGUACAUCUCCAAGAGGAACUCAGUGGACGGGUGCAUAGACUGGUCAGUGGAUUUGAAGCAGUAUCAUGUUCUGGCCGGCGAGCCAGUUCGGGUCAAAUGUGCCUUGUUCUACAGCUACAUCCGAACCAACUACACCAUGGCCACCAACGCCAAGCUACGCCUCAUCUGGUACAAGAACAAAGGAGAUUCUGAGGAGCCCAUCAUCUUCUCAGGCCACAGGCUGAGCAAAGAAGACGACUCCAUCUGGUUUAGAUCUGCUGAACUGGAGGACAACGGAUAUUACACCUGUGUCCUAAGGAACUCGACGUACUGCAUGAAAGUGUCCAUGUCCAUGACGGUGGAGGAGAGCGACGAGGGCAAAUGUUUCAGCAGCAGAAUCCGCCAUCUGGAGAAAGCUGAGAUAACCCGCAGUAAAAUGAUCAUCUGUCCUGAUAUAGAAGAUUAUUUGGCUCCGUACAAACAGCCACAGAUGACCUGGUAUAAGGAGUGUGAGCGGGUUGAAUGGCGAAGCUCCAUUGUGGUCAACACCACCCACAUCUGGAUCCCUGAGGUGGAGGAGAAUGACGGGGGGAAUUACACCUGCGAGUUACAGUAUGGAUCCAGAUUGGUGCGACGAACAACACAACUCAAAGUCACAGCUCUCCAGACCACUCAGCCUCCCAAGGUCCUCUUCCCCCCAGAGAGACAAGACACAGUGAUAGAGGUCACACCUGGUAUGCCUCUUAGCCUCGACUGCCGAGCAUUUUUUGGCUACAGUGGAGAAAACAGGGGACCCAUCAUCUACUGGAUGAGAGGAGAGAAGUUCAUAGAAGAACUGGCCCGGCACAUCAAAGAAAGUGAAGUCAGGAUUUUGAAGGAGUAUUUAGGGGAGAAGGAGGUGCAGCUAUCCUUAACGUUUGACGCUGUGGAGGAGGCAGACCUGGCUAACUACACCUGUUAUGUGGAGAACCACAAAGGGAGGCGCCAUGGCAGUGCUAUACUGCAGAAAAAAGAUAUGUAUCGUCUGGAGUUGGCUGGUGGUCUCGGGGUGAUAUUGCUGCUGCUGGGGGUCCUGACAGCCCUUUACAAGUGUUACAACCUGGAGAUCAUGCUCUGCUACAGGAGGCACUUCGGCAGCGAUGAGACUGAGGAUGAUAACAAGGAGUAUGAUGCCUAUCUUUCCUAUACUAAAGUGGACCUGGACUCUUUGGGCAGCAGAGCAAGCAGCGAGGAGGAGACGUUUGCUUUGGAGAUCCUGCCGGACGUCCUGGAGAAACACUACGGAUACAAACUUUUUAUACCAGACAGAGACCUCAUACCCAGUAGCAUCUACAUCGAGGACUUCACUCGCAGUGUAGAACAAAGCAGAAGGCUCAUCAUCGUUUUGACCCCAGAGUUUGUUGCCAAAAGAGGGUGGAGCAUCUUUCAGAUAGAGACACGCCUCCACUCCAUGCUGGUCACCGGGGAGAUCAAGGUGAUCAUGAUAGAGUGUGCGGACCUGAAGAGUGUCAUCAACUACCAAGAGGUUGAAGCACUCAAACAUACAAUCAAGGUCUUAUCCAUCAUCAAGUGGAGGGGUCCUAAGAGCAAUGAACUGUCCUCCAAGUUCUGGAAACAGGUGAUCUAUGAGAUGCCUGCUAAACGUAGAGAGACACUGUCCAGACGCCAGGUGAUGGACUCUGGUGAGCAAGGCCUGUUUGGUGAUCUACAAACCACCGUCUCCACCAUCGCCAUGACAACCACCUCCGCCUCCCUGGCUCCCCCUAGUGAGAGUCGCCAUGGACAUCAUCAGGUUGCACUGGCAACUGAGAUCCCUGACUACAACCAGAUGACCUUGCCACUGGGUGGGGGUCACACAGCUACGGCAGCCCAGAUGAGACAUUUCUGCCGCAGUUACGAGUUCCAGCUGCCUCAGCAGCCCUCCUCCCUGUCGCCUCCCCUUCCACCACCUUCCACCGUGCAGUUCUCCACUCUUGGCCCUGGGGGGCGCCACGUCUACUGCAACAUCCCUAUGACGCUGCUGAAUGGACAGGUGGCUCAGAGCAAUACACUGGGGAAGAAGCCAGAAAUCCAUAUGAACAGCACCUUUGUACCACUCACCAGCAGAGAACUAAGCUCUGACAUCUGGUAGAAGGACUGCUCAACUGGUCCUGGAUUACAGACCGGUUUACAGACUGGUUUUCGCUGGCUUUGGACACAAGGUAGACUGGUUUUCAUUGGAUAUUCGGACUGCGCACAGACACCUGUCGUACUGGAUUUCAAGGGAGUCUGGUCAUGGACUGCUUACAGACUGGUUUUGGGCCAGUUCUCCCUUGUCACUGAACAUGGGAUCAACUGGUUAAAGACUGUUUAUGCCUUGGAUUUACAUUGGUUAGGUAUACUGGCUGCAGAAUGCUUAUAGACUGCUUCCUGGUUUGUUUGCAGCUUGCAUAUUCAGAUUGUAGAAACAGGACUUACCAUCUGUUUACAGGCUGAUCUAGACUGAUAUGUAAGACAUGUAGCCCUGAGAUACUGGAGACUGAGUAACAUCAAAAUGGACAGCUAUAGUAUAACAGCUAUCUGUGUGGUUGUCAGGUUAUACUGGUAGACUGGUAACUGACUGGUCUUACCAGUUUGACUGGUGGGUGGGGCUUGUGGAGGGGUAUGGACACUGAAUGGAAAAAAUCAAGGAUAUUUUAAAGAAAAAUAGGAAUCCAUAGACAGGAAAUACCAGUUGCAUCCUGAAGUACAUUCUACUUUUAAAGACAACUGACUUCUGAGAAUACCAUUCUACUUAAUCACCAGCUAAGUAACUGGAAAAUCAGUCCAUUUCUUAACGCUUAACUGCUUGGAAAACUGGUCUACCUAAAAACAAAACUAGCGUAAUCUUGGAAUGCCAGUCAAUCCUCUAGCUAGCUGAGUUCUCAGAAUAGUGAUCUACUUUCCGACCAGGUGGCUUGUCAGAAUAGCAGGCAGACUUUGAGCUAUGAUCUUGGAAUACCAGUCCACCUUAAAACAACAUGUUAACCUCUUUAAAAACAUUCUGCUACUAGUUAACUGGUUUGGCUUACAGGCUGAAAUGGUGGACUAUGGACUCCAGCACCAAUACCAAGAUACCAAUGAAAGUGUAAAGUACUGGCUAAACUGCAGAAUUGCUAGACCUAAAUAAUGGGAAGACUGGAAAAGCACAAUUAACUGGUGCUAAUGGAAAAAUCACCAGUGGAAUAACUAGUUGAGUAGCAACCUGGUUGACAAUUGUCUGGUUAAAACAGACAAACCAUUCAGCUAGUAAACCAGUGAAUGAUGAUCAAAUGGACUAGGAUUUGGGAAUUUGGGAACCAGUCAGCUCAUCGCCUUGUAACCCAGUAAAGUGACUGGCUAGUAAAACUAGCCAAGUAGUCAAGAAGCAAACUGGCCUAGAGGUGAAUUGUCAACUCUACCACCAUACUAAAAAGCAUAAAGGACUUGGCUUUUUCUAUUUGCAUGACCACCCAUUUAAAUGAAAAAUAAUCAAAGAAACACAGAUAAAUGAAUAAAUGACACAAUCAUUUGUCGCAGACUCUCUUUAUAUAGAGGAGAAUAAAUGUUUUAUGUUGAUAUUAUAUUUGUUUUCUGUCCGGCCAUAAUGAAAUGAUAAUACUUAAAAAAGGGAAAAAAAGGAGGCGUCCCUCCAAAAAAUGUUUUUUGUUUUUUUUAUUUGUUUUUUAAAAUUAUUUUAUUUUAGAGAUCUAUCCUUUUAGAAGUUUGGUAAUCAUUUACCAGGCUUUGUUUUUAACGUUUGCCGUGUUACAAUAAUAUCUGUACAGCUUUCAUAACUUCUACACAGGCCUACAUGAGGAUGAUUAACUCCCUACAUAUUCUGUUGGCACCCACAAACAUAUGUGUGUAUGUAUGUGUGUGGGUAUGUGCGUGUGAAUGUGAGCGCGAGUGUGCCCGUGUGUGUGUGUGUGUAUGCAGCCAUGCCCCUCAUUUUGCUUUCUUUCCAUUUGGAUGGACGUUUCUCGUGGCAGUACAACCCUGCUAAUGGACUCUGCAAUGGAGAACAUCUACCAGUCAGCCAAAGGGGCUUCACUGCAUAAAAUGCCGGACUUCAGCUGAACCGGAACACAUUCUUCUUUGUGAGCUUUAAGAAACCAACAUUAUUACCAUGAUAUUUAAGCAAAAUGAAUAAUGUUUUGAAUUUACACAAAGGUACUGUCCUUGUUUUAUUAAAACCAAUGAAUUCUGGAUAUUUGAGAUUGUUUGAUACAAUAAUGAAUUAUUCGUUUCAGUUGUUAUUCAGUGGCAAUAUAGUGGCUGUCUUUUGUUUUUUGCUCAUUUCUUUGACUAUUCUUUGGAUAUAUUAGUUGAAAUAAUUUAAUUAAGAGCAAAUAA